GAUCCAAACAAUUUAAAUAUAAAUAAAUAAAAAAUAUUGUGUGAUUUGUAGAGUGUUAGUUGGAAAUGAUGUUCAAGUCUCCUAUGAUCACUCAAAUAGAGUAAAAGUGAGUUUGACAAUAAUUUUAAAAAAUAUUUAUAAUUUUUUUAAUAUUUUAAAACUUUUAAUAUUCAAAUAUUAAAAAGAUGGAAUUUCAAAACACUUAAAAGUUAAGACUCUUUCAAUUAUGAUAAUGUUGGUGCUUUGGGGGAGGUAGUUUUGGAAAAUAACCAAUUGUGAGAUUUAAGUUCAAAUGUAAAGUGAAGUAGCAAUCUUUGACUCUAAUGACCCAUCAAAUUACGAGUCCUCUUCUUACUCAACUUUCUAUACCGUAUACAUUUGAAGUAGCAACCCUAUUUCAUUUGUGAUUAAUUUGAAAGCCAAUGGCUUUUCCACGCUCAACUUGUUUGCUUCUACUCUUGGCUUCAUUUCUGCUAACUCCAUUGGAAGGUCAUACUUUUAAUGUCAUGGACUAUGGUGCAAUUGGAAAUGGCAGAACCGAUGACAGUGAAGCUUUCAUGAAAGCUUGGAGUGAUGUGUGCAAGGCUUCAGCUUCUCCAACGUUUCUUGUUCCUGGAGACAGAAGGUUUUUGAUCAAUCCCGUCGUCUUCGAGGGCCGCUGUAGGUCCAAAAAACUUAAGUUCAAGGUAGAUGGGACUAUAACGGCGCCAAGUGAACCUUCAAAAUGGAAAUGCAUUAAUAAGCAAUGCCAUAGUUGGAUCAGUUUUAAGCAUGUAGAUGGCCUUGUCAUCUCUGGUUCUGGCACCAUUGACGGCAAUGCAGAGAAAUGGUGGAAGCAAGGUCGUGUUACGGGAGUGAGGCCAAAUGCUUUAGUAGUAGCAAGAUCCAACAAUGUCCAAUUACAUGAUCUAAGUUUCAAAGACAAUCCCCACAUGCAUGUAGUCUUUCAUCACUGCGACGGGGUGAAGAUUUCACAUAUAUCAAUAGAUGCACCUGAGGACAGUCCUAAUACUGAUGGUAUUCACCUCAAAGAGACUGCCAGUGUCACCAUAGAACAUUGUACCAUUGGCACUGGCGAUGAUUGCAUUUCGCUGGUAGAUGGAUCAACUCAUAUUGACAUGAGACACAUUAAAUGCGGUCCUGGGCAUGGCAUAAGCAUUGGAAGCCUGGGAAAAUUCGGAUUGAGCGAGACAGUAGAAUAUAUUCAUGUUAAGGAUGCUCAAUUCACAGGGACAACAAAUGGUGUUAGAAUAAAGACAUGGCAGGGAGGCCGAGGUCAUGCAAGGAACAUGAUUUUUGAGAAAAUCAGAUCUUCUGAUUCUGAAUAUCCUAUCAUCAUUGAUCAAUUUUACUGUGAUCAUACAGAAUGCCACGACAAACCUAAUGCAGUGGAAAUUCGCAAUAUCUCAUACAUCGAUGUAAAGGGCAAGUCAAAGAAGGAGAAUGCAGUGAAGAUUGCAUGCAGUGACACAGUUCCAUGCAGAGAUAUAUUCAUGCAGAACAUAAACUUGAUCUAUGAUCAGUCAGGAAAGCAAGCCUCAGCUUACUGCAAAAAUGUUAUUAAUGGAUACUACCACGGAGUAGUCAGACCCAAAAUAUCUUGCUUGCAGAACGACAAACUCCCGUAAUUGUAUAUAUAGGAUAUACAAUUCUAGGACACUUGAUUUUUAUUUUAGGUACAACCUAUUUGCGCAGUUCUAGUUCGUCCUCCAUCACAGUUAUGCUUAUGAAUAAUGGAUUGUUUCGUAUCGAAUUGGUGGCAUGACUCAAUAGACACGAAGACAUGCCUGAACUUGGAGUUGUGCGGUACCGUGAUGGUUGAAAGGCAGCCUGAAAGAGUGGGAAGGACAUGAACUUUCUAUUCGUUUCAUCGUAUUUGUGGGAAUUAUUGGUCUUAUAUUCUGAGAACAAAUUAUAUAUAUGAGUGGUACUUGGGCCUUGCUUA